AUCAUAAUACCGGCGGAAUACUUAUUUAUCGAUUACUUACAUCUUCUUGAUGUGUACACGGAAACAACAUGGAUGCUGUUGUAUGGAAUCAGUGGGAAAAUGAUGAUGUAUUUCGAGAGUUUUUGGAUGAAAGCUUUGAUGUCAAAGCAUAUGCCAAUAGAGCAAUACAAGGCUCAAUAAUAUCUGAACAGCUGGGCAAAUUAGCCGAGGGGAUCAGUCUAUUGGAUAAAGAGAUUCAUUCACAGAUUGUGACACACCAUGAAGACUUGCUAUCACAAGCUACAGGUGUUGAAACAUUGGAAGGGGUCCUGCAGAUGAUGCAGACAAGAAUACAGUCUUUGCUUGCAGCAAUGGAUAGAAUACGCACAAAAGUUUCUGAGCCAUAUGCAAAGAUUCUGGCAAGGACAACACAGUUAAGGCAUUUACAGGAAACCUGUGAUCUACUGCGUCGCAUCAUUCGUAUCAUGUACCUUAGUAAACGACUGCAUGGACAGCUGGAGGGUGGAGCUAGAGAGAUAACUAAAGCAGCUCAAAGUUUGAAUGAAUUAGAUUACAUUUGUGAAGGCUUUGACUUGGGAGGUGUGGAAGUGAUUGAACAAGAUAGAAGAUUUGUCAAACAAGCCAGAAAAGAGGUGGAGACCCAGGCCCAGAAGAUGCUAGAACAGGGGAUGGAAACACAGAAUCAGACUGCGGUGGCCACAUCCCUUCAAGUGUUCUACAACCUGGGCUGUCUUCACACAGUGGUUGAUCGCGUGGUUGACGGUUGUAGAGCUACGCUCAACCAACAAGUUAGAAACUGUUUGGACAUCCAGGCCCUCUCAAUGGCUCAGGGCACAGCUGGAAGGGGAGGUCCAGGCCGAGCAGCUAUGCCUUCACCUGGCAACACUGCUGUACUGCGUGCCAACUUAUGGACCAACAUGGAGAAACUAAUGGACAACAUCUACUCUGCUUGUGCACAGGUUCAACAUUUGCAGAAAGUUGUUGUAAAGAAGAGAGAUCCUGUUUCCCAUGUUUCUUUUCUUGAUGAACUUGCAAAGCAUCAUCAUGGUGAAGUUAAUAUUAUCCACACAUUUUGGGAGGAUGUGACUAAAAUGCUGACUAAAGAAAUGAAUAAUGCAUCAGAAAAUUCAACAUUCCUAAAGCAAGCAUUUGAAGGAGAAUAUCCAAAGCUCUUAAGGCUGUAUAAUGAUUUAUGGAAGAGGUUGCAACAGUUUAGCAUUACUUUAGCUGUAACUCCUAGUGCUGGUGCUAUUGACAUCUUAGGGGCUGGGGAUGCAGAGGAAGAUUUUUUUGCUCAGACUGAGAAGGCUAGACAGAAUUAUGACUCUGAAAAAGCAUUGCGAGAAACACUGGCCAAUUUUGAAAAUUCUUACUUAUCCCGCUCUUUAUCCCGAUUGUUUGAUCCAAUCAACCUUGUGUUCACAUCAACCACUUCAAACCCUCCAACACCUGAAGAGGUUGAAAAUAUUGUUAAAACUAUUUCCAGUGAGCUGAAUGUGUCCAGUGUUGACACCAAACUGAGUGUAACUGUGGCUAAAAAUGUUUCCAAGACUGUCAAAUUGUUUGCUGUUAAAAGUGAACAACUGCUGUCAACUGAUGGAGAAGCUAGUCAGGUAAUAGGGCCACCAACCAAUGGCCAGACACGCAAUGUUGCUGUAGUCAACACACUUUUUCAAUUUCAUCAGGCAAUAACUAAGGUGCUCACAAGCAUAGCUCACUUCCCUGACGAGGCUAAGAGUAGCAUCCAAGCCUCCCUGGAAUCUGUGGUUCAGUUGAUGGGAGCAGCCAUCCAGCCUUUGCUCUCUUCCAUAUCUGAUGCCUUGGAAGCAAUUAUUUUAACUAUCCAUCAAGAAGACUUUUCUGGGCCUGCCCCUAGUAAAACAGAAACUGAGUCACCAUGUUCGCUGUAUAUGCGGGAACUUCAAAGUUUUAUAGUUAGGUGUCAGUCAGACUAUCUCGCUCCAUUCAAGUGUAAAGACUUUAUCAUGGACAGUAUUAUACCAAUAGCUUGCCGUUGUGUUGAGCUGUUUGUACGACAUGCAAGCCUGGUGCGCCCCCUAGGGGAUGGAGGGAAACUGAGAAUGGCUGCAGAUUUUGCCCAGAUGGAACUGGCUAUCUCACCUUUGUGUAGGAGACCAGCAGACCUGGGCAAAUCUUACAGGCUGUUGCGAGCCUUUAGACCACUUUUAUUUCAAACUGUGGAGCAUGUUUCCCAGAGCCCAGCUUUGGGUGAAAUCAUUCCAUACAGCACAGCGCUUCAGUUCUUAUUUGCUAGAGCGCCCCCAGAACUGAAGUCUCCUCACCAGAUAUCUGAUUGGUCAGUAAGCAGAUAUUCACAAUGGUUAGAUGACCAUCCCCAAGAAGCAGACAGGCUUAAAAUUAUGAAAGGAGCACUAGAAGCCUAUGCUAGACUUGUGAGGCAGAAUCAAAGCAAAGAAUAUGCUGCAGUUUAUCCAGUUAUGUUGGAGAUGUUACAGAAAGGCUUACAGUAAUUUCUGCAGUGCUAGCAAAGUAUUUAAAUUUUUUGUCAACUUUUGGCUGUACAAUUCUAAUAGUGAAUAGUAAAAUUACUGAGUUUCAUUUGUUCUCUAAAUGAUCUAUUUUAAAGUAAAACCUGUGAUAUGAUGAACUAAUUUGAUUAUGUAAAUAAGACUUUGUACAGUGUUAAUUUUAAAAUGAGGGCCCUUAUUAUUGUAUAUAUCAAUGUAUUGAAUAAUUGACAAUGGAAGACUCAGUGAUUAUAUUAUUUUUAUUGCUGAGCUUAUUUCUUAUGAGGGUUUUUUAAUUGGAAUAAAGUUUAA